GAUUUCAUCACUUAAAAGAAUUUUGUUUGGAUGUUUUUCAGAAUCAUGUGCAUAUAUUUUUAGCUCAACGGUUAUCCGAAUAAAUGGAGAAAGGUUCGAUUGUUCAUUCUAAAAAGUAACUCACUGCGGAAUAACUACAAAUAAUUUUACUAGAUAAAUAUAAUGCUCGGUAUAGGACAUAUACUCAGUAGCGUUUCAGCGGGCUAGUCCCAAGUCGUUUAGAAUGAACAUUAAUUAAGGCAUCGUGGCGGUGUGUUACUGGAAUAAUGUAAAUAGUUCGUGUGGAUGUUCGAUACAGGAUAACUGCACAGUUCUGCUUAGAUGUAUGAAAGUAAUAUAACUGUUACCAUUUCUACAGAUAAAGCUAAGUUUGCGGAAUAAUGUGAUUAGUGAACGUUAUUGGUUAAAGUACAGGGUAAAUGCAAAAAAAAAUAAAAAUAAAUAAAAAAAUAAUACAAAUGAUAACAGUAACCCAGUGGGAUUGUGGUGGCUCCAAUAUCGUGGUUGAUCGUUUAUUUCGAUAACAAGGCUUUGUGGAAUAAUAAAACUAAAUAUUACUGGAGGAAUGUAAAUACUGUGUGUAAAUGUUCUAUUUAGGACAAUAAUUGAUGCAUUAAUUAACCAAAUCAAUGAGCGAUUCAAAAGAACUAAUGGAUAUCAAGUUACUCAAAACAAAGAAAUCCGUUUAACUCUUUGCUGAAAUAAUGGUUACUAAAAUCAGAUCUGGGAAAUAUUAUUUAGAAUUUCGUGGUUUUAGUACUCUUUCUGUCAAACAAGGGUAAAGCUUUAUACGGCUGUGGGGUUCUCAAAUUUCAUACCUUACAUUGCAUUAAGCUGUUCGAUAUAAUAACAAAACAAAACAAUUGAUUUUGCAUCAAAUCUGCGAUCUGGUUUAUUUACUUUCAUAUGAUAUACGUAUAGGGAGAGACAAGAAACUAAAAUGCAUUACUGACAAAACACAGAAUUUACGAGGAAAAUGGGUGUGCCAUCUGGUUAUAAUGCUUAACAAAAGGAAACUAACUUUCUAUAUUUUUCAAAGUAAUUGUUGAACUUAAUUGGUCACACAGACUCUCCCUAUUAUAGUUUAAAUCAUACAAAUUGACAUUAUAACGUCGAUAAAAUAUGUUGUUUCAGUCAUUACAGGAAAGUAUAUGAUCGUGUGGGAUAGUCAAAGCUGAAACCUUUGUUAUAAACGCGUUCACUGCAUUUUGUAUAUUGUGAAAAGUGUAUAGGAUUUUUGGAAAUACAAUAUUUACCUUGCGGAUGGCCAUGCACGUACAUUGUGAUACGCGUGCCUGUAAAUAAGUGCAAAAUUGAUAAAUUCUGAGAACUUUUGAAGGGAUUAACUAAAUUAAUUGGGAUGGUAACACUUUCCAGGACCACAUCAUAUAAGUGUGGAAUAUCCGUUUAUAAGCUAGGUAACACUGAAGGAUUUUUUUCUUAAAUUAAAGAAUAUUUCAGACAAUAACAUAUAUUUUGUGGAGGAAGACCUGGAUACUUUUUAAAAGAAUAAUAUUCAAAAUGCAUCGAAAUCGAAAACCCAAUCACUGCAAGGACAGUUCGACAGAAAACGGCGGAUGCACUCAAGGUCAAGGUCAAGACCACGAUCCAGAUACAGAUAAUAACGGCAAUCAUGAAGUUGCGGUGGAGCUCGAACCAAGGGCUACUUGUGAGUGUAAUGACUAUUCAGGGAUGGAAAUUUAUCGUCAGUUAAGACCCCUUCUUAUAUGUAUGCGAAUAUUCGGCUUAUUCUUCAAACGAACUACAUUUCGAGGCCGAAGCAACAGACCGCAGAUGGAAGUUAUUGUUUUGUACUGUUUUGUGGUCAAUUUUCUAUUGGUAAUGAAUGUAUUGCGGUCUUUCACAGUUUACAGAAUGGCAGACGCAUUUGAUAAUGUUCUCGUGCAAAGAUUACUCUUCACAAUUUGGAGUACAGAAUGUGCUUUUAAAGGUCUUCUGUUGAUGUGGAACUGUUACAAACAAAAUGGCCUCCCAAAGUUUUUCCGCGAGUGGGACAACACAUGUGGUAAUAUCAAACUAAACAAAAUGUGCCACUUUAUGAUGAAGAAAUUUCUUUUUCUGUCGUUUAUAUUUAUAAUAUUCAAUUCCGUCGUGUUUUCCUUAAUUCUUGUCUAUGUACCAAUACUGAAAAAUAUUUACCUAGAAGUGGUUUGGAAAAAUGCAGUGAUGUAUGAAAACCAUGUCAUCUUUAAGACCAUUCUUGGAAUACUGGCUGUUUUGAAUUCUUCGGCGUCAAUGUUCCCAGUUUCAUUGUUUGUGGUAUUAUCAUUCGCAGUCAGUGAGCAGUUGAAAAAGUUCACGAAUGACCUAACAACUGCGAUAGCAGAAGACGAUUUUAAUGGAAGGAUAGAGGACUUCCGGUUACGUCAUCAAAAUUUGUGUGUUCUGGUGGACAUUUUGGACCGCAUAUUCGCACCCAUGAUUGCUGCAGUAUUUAUAGCGAAUAUUCCAAUGUUUUGCCUGGUUUUAUACACGUUAGUGACAACCAUAGAUAUCCACAUAUCGUUAGUGCUGAUAAACCUUUUCUGGCUGUGUUUCAUUCUCCUGCAGAUGACGAUAGUGUCCGUGACCGCGGCCUGGGUCAAUGUCAAGGCCCACUCUCCAUUAGACCAUAUCUACAGCAUUCGAUUUUCAACAACAUCAAACGCCGUACAAUUACAGAUGUUGUUGUUUUUGAACCGCCUAACAGGCACACAAAUUGGUUUAACGGCCAUGAAAAUGUUUGUGAUCGAUAAACCAACCAUUCUUACGGUAGCAGGCAUGAUGGUGACAUACUUCGUUCUUCUUAUACAGUUCAAGAUGCCACUAUCGCCUGACUGUCACUGUAAUAUUACUGGAACAGUUUUCCUGAACAAUGGGACAUUAACCGUGUCACAGACUUCUUAAGAGUGUCAUAUUUUGAAAUCAUGUCAUAUAUUUCUUAUCAAUGCGACAUUGAUCGUGUCACAAAUUUUCUAACAUUUCUUCAUUACAUGUGAUAUGGUUUUCAUGGAGAAAAAUACCACAAAGGUUCUUUUAAAAUGACACGAGAAUGUUUCGAAAUAAUUGUAUUCAAUUGUCAAGAAAAAUAUUCCUAAUUGACAAAAUUCAUUUUAUGUCACAAAUAUCAUGAAGCUACAUUGUUUGUUGAUAAUAUCGUUGCUAACAUAUUCUGUUAAAGUUGUAACAGGUUACUGGCCAAUAUUCAAUGGAUCAUGUGAUAUUAGUUGUAUAACUGCCUCAUUUAUAGUCGUGUCACAGUUUUCAUGAACGUAUAUCUACCAUCGCAAUUUUUGUAUAUAAUUGUAAUGAGUAAUAUUGCAUCCACAAAUUUCAUAGUAAAUAUCACACAUUUCAUACUAGCUAACUAUAUCCGAUGGCUUGUGUAAAAAAAUCAUGAAAAAUUGUCAUGAAUAAUGCAACAUUUUUCGUGUUAUGGAUACUCAUUAACAACACCACAUGUUCAGCACAAUAUAACAUAUUACAAUAUUAACAAUUUUAAACUGCAUUUUUAAUAUAUCACAUGAUCGUUUUCUCAAAAACAAUGCAAUACAAAUCGUGUCGUAGAUUUUGUGACAAAGUCCUACUACGUUUGUCAAAGCAUAUUUAAUAAUAUCCUUUUUCACAAUGUUCACAAUGUUAAGACAAAUGCAACAAUAAUUGUUUUGCAGUUUUCAAUAAUUUUGAGUUAAAGUUGUCAUUGAAAAAUAACAUAUAAUUCUUGAUAAAGGCGACCGUAGAUUCAGUAAUUUCUGUCAUUGAUCUUCAUAUGCUUAAAUUAUCAAUCUGAUCAAGUCAUUUUUCACGUCCCUGCACAGAAGCACUAUUUGGAGUCAUGACCUAAAUGCUGCAAAGUACUAUCCCUUUGGUAUUGGAAAAUUGCAGAACCAAGGGCACUUCUAGUGGUACAGCGUUUACUUCGAGCAUUUUGCAAGGUAAACAGGAACACACAGAGGGACUUAGGUUAGGAGAAUAAGGUGUGUGUAUGUGCUCAACUUGAAUAACCUUUUCUUGUUGCAAGAAUGAUCAUACAAUUUUACUUUUGUGGGCGAACGCAUUGUCAUGAAUAAUUUGUAUGUCUUUCAAACUUUUACUUGGCCAUUUGUCAUAGAUGUUUCGACGGCUGUGCAUACUUUAUUUUUGUAGAACUUGUAUAGGCUUACCCUCACAGAAAGAAACUUGAACUACGGGGCAAUUAGAAUUUAAGAAAUAACAUAUAAUGGAUUCUUCCUACUUUUUUGUCCUUUCUGCAUGCAUUGUUAUUUAUGUGUCACUGGGGCUCAAAAUAAUGGACCCAAGAUCCAGUCCUAAUGAGCAUCUUAUAAUUUUCUUGGGAUUAUAUUUAUUAUAUUUUUUUCAACAAUUGUUUUUUGCAGUGUAAGCUCUUGACAUUUUGGUCUAGUGUGAACAAAUGAGGGACACAUCUAGCACAAGCUUUCUUUAAUUUCAAACGUCCAGUCAGAAUAUGAUGGCCGGUAUCUUCAUAGACACUUAUUGUGUGAGCUGUUUCGGAAAUAGUACAUCGACUAUCUUCUUCUACCAAACACUUUAACGCAGCAGUUUUUUUUUCUUUUGUUGCUACAACAACAGACCUGCUUGGAUGGUUACUGUCUUGAAAACUAUUUUGACCCCUUGACAGUUUUUAACCAUUAGUACAUUAGUUUCUGUGGAAGGCACUGAUGAUUACUGACAGAGUUUAUUGAAGCACCCUCGUUAUUAAUUGUGUAAUGGAAUCCAUGGACAUUUAUUGUCAGAUUUCCUAGUGUAACAGCUUUCAUUUAUGGUUUCGGAGGCUCGAGAAAAAUUCUCUUCAUAAUUAUUUAUUGCUUAUAAAAUGUAGAAAAUAAUUGUUGCAGUAUCACUUGUGUAAACUAAAUAUUAAAGAUCAUAGUUCCUAUGGAAUAUUCUGGAGUAAACUCACGCAGUAUUAAGAUUGCAGCACUUAUUUUUGAAAGUAUUUAGUCAACGUUAUUAUAUGUUACAUGGUUAUAAAUUUACAUUCAACCUAUUCAUUCCUUUGAAAAAUCAUGACGUUCAUUUGUAUGAAUCUUGAAAAGAAAGGUGCCAAACACCGCUUAUUGAUAACGUGCAUCUGUUUUGACGAUGUCCGCGUGUAGUCAGAGAGAACAUUUCUUAGACGACGUCACAGUUGUUAGAAUGGCCGGGAAGCAGAUCAUGUGCAAUGUAUAAAAGAUAGUAUAUAGCUGACACAUGGAAAUGUUAUGUAAAUAAAAGAAAUUUAAAGAAAUGAAUACUUUUGCGAGGUUCAUACAAAUUAAACGACAGAAUAAGACAGGUAAAAUAACCAUGUUUUUUUUUCAAGUAUUAAUAGCAAUAUUUUGUAUUCGGAUACGCACAUUGUCAAUGUAUAACGAUACAAUCAUACGUAAAAUGUGUUUUUUGUGAAGUAAAUGAAGUUUACAUUAGCAAUUCAUCAAAUUAAACAAUAAUCAAACAAA